AUGGCUGGCUUGGGCGCUGGCCCUAUGGAAGCCCUGGCCGCCUCGGGGGCACCCAGCCGCUGGCUCCGUGUCCGAAGCAAGGUGAAGUACCUGGCCAAGGAUUUCUACCAAACGCCGGCAGAGGAAAAACAAUUGCAGAGUUUCCACGCGGUGCUGGCCAGCAAGGGUGACCUGGAUGCCCGGGUCAAGGCCGCCGAGUCACUGACAUCUCUGGCACGGGGCGAGCGCAUGGCUUGGGCUAUCUGCGAGAACCUCGGACCGCUCUUACAAUGUCUGAAAGCCAAAGAAGCUCCGCAGCUGAAGCUGGCAGUCCUCGGAACACUCCGGGUGCUGACCGAGAACAAUCAGGCGAUGGCCGUCGCGCAGCACUCCUACGCUUUGCUCCCGUGCCUGAGGGAUGAGGACAUUUUGGUGCAGCGAAAGGUGUCGUCUUUGUACCGGGUGCUGGCUGAGGAGGGCCAAGCUGCUAUGAUCGCAAGGGAUGUGGCCAGCAUCAUGCAUUGCUUCGAGGCCACUCAGGCCGUCAACGCCUCCUUAAUGGCACCGCUGGAUGCGCUCACAGCUAUUGCCUCUGCUGGCGAGGGUCGGGCUGUGGCCCGAGUGGUGGAACGCUUGUUGGCUGCCCUGCGAGACGGUCGUGCGAAGAUCCGUGCGACCACAUGCAAGACCCUGGCAGCUAUCGCUCGAGGAGGGGCCAAGGAGCUGCUGGGUCAUCUGGGUCUCAUCGACGCCGAGAUCGCGGAGUCGUGCAUCUCGGGGGUAAGCCUCUUCGAGAUGCUGGCACUGCUCUCCUUAGACGACCCAGACGCCGAUGUCCGGUUGGCGGCCGCUGAUGCACUGCGGUGCUUGCCUGAAGCCGAGAUCAGUGGGGAGAGUGCACACGAGAAGCGCAAUCGCUAUCCUGCAUUAGUCAAGCGGCUGCAGAGGUGGGCAGGAAGUGCAACUGGAGAAGUGCAGACGAUCCUUUUGUCAGUGUUCUACCUCUCACAGGACACUGAGGCUUGCGUAAUCUGUCAAGAGGCACUUCACUUGGACGGCGGCCCCGAGGCUUUGCCGUGCGGCCAUGUAUUCCACCGCCGAUGCAUGGAAGACUGGUAUCUGUUCACGACGAAGUGCGGCCGAACACCGAACUGCCCCAUGUGCCGAACGAAGAUGCCCAACAUCAACAUACUCGCGUCUCCACAGCUCCCCUUAGCUCAACGAUGA